AUGGAAGCCAGUUCGACCAUCCACCAGCUCGCUCAUGCCAUAUUGGGAGCCCACGAACCAUGUGAGCGACUUAGUGGCUGCCCAUAUAGACCGGUUUUCAUCAACCCGGAGAACGACCAAGAAUUUUUUGUCAUAACCUUGGACAGGGCACAUGCCUGGGCAAGGGAAAUUCAACGAAGGCCUCACGAGGUGACCAUCCACAUACCACCGCGGUCUCCCUUAUUCUGA